AUGCAGUCUCGAAGGUCCGCCAUACGAAAAAGCAGUGGGUCAUGCCGACGAAAAUCGUCAUUCUGCUGUGAGCCAUGUCGGGAACGCAAGUCUCGUUGCGACGGAAGGAAACCCAUCUGCAGCCCUUGCACUCAACGGUCGCAUGCGGCUGACCGGUGCGUUUAUAGGCGCAACAUUGUCAGGCUAUUGGACACCGAUGAAUACCUUCAAGUCCUUUAUCGUCAUAUUCGCGAAUUGGAAGAAAUGUGCCACGAAGCUGGGAUUCCAGUCCCUACGUUUAACCCAGAUGUUUCAUCCAUAGACUCAGAUGGAGAGACAGCUCAUAUUGGCCUGGGAAUCCAAUUCGAUACUCAGACAGCUCUCCCAGAUCAUGGGAAUUCUCGCGCCUUUCCACCUCCAAUAAAGCCGGAAACCUUCCCUUCCCUUCUGACAAACCCGCAGGAGGGUGAUUUAAACUUGCUGAAAGCUAGUAAUGUCAGUAGUGGUAACGAAGGAUUUCCAAAGCAACUGAAUAAGUUUUUCGGAAGCCCACCCACUGCGUGCCUAAUACGUCUCCUGACACAAGGUUCUCUGCUGAGAGAUAUCCCCUAUGGUCCUACUCAUGCUCAUUUAGAUGGCUCCCUUUUGCCACCACGGGAUCUUGCCGACCAUCUGCUGGGUUGCUUCUGGGAUCGGGUUUAUUGCCUUUAUCCUUUCUUUGACCGAUCUAGUGUCCAGGAUGCCUACGAGGGUCUCUGGGUAUCCGACACAAAAGACAAUAAGCCCAGUGAACUCAACAUCGGCCUUGGCGGCAGGUCUGACUCCGGUCGUCAGUCACCAGUCUUUAUUUGUGCACUGAACAUCAUGUUUGCCCUUGGGUGCCAUUUUGCCGAUCUCUCGGUUCCGGAUCGGAAUGCCAUAGCCCAUACCUUCUUCCUUAGGGCCAAACAGAAUAUUGGUCUGGAUCUGCUCGAAAUCCGCACUUUUGGAGCUGUCCAAACCCUUUUAUUGGCGUCACUGUAUCUUCAAAGCAUACCCGAUUCACAUAAGUCUUGUGAUUUGGUAGGAGUGGCGUGUAGAAUUGCCCAGGGGCUUGGGUUUCACGAAACUCAACCAGACAGCUUCAAGGACCCGCUAGAAAUGGAGGUUCAGCGGCGCACAUGGCAUGGGUGUGUCAUGAUGAAUACAAUAACGAACAUGGCUUGUGGGAGGCCUAGUUCGAUGUCUUCCUUGCCUACCAUUCCACUGCCAGGGGCAGUAGGUCUUACUCCUACGAACGCCAAGGACCCGUAUGUAGCAGCCUUCUACCCCUCCAGCCUAGAGCUGUGUAGCAUCCUAGACACUGCCUUGUCUGCUGUCCACAAAGCACAAUGCAACCGAUCGAGCACCCCGGCUAGCUCAAAAAUUGCACAACAGGACUGGUUAGAUGUUGUGAUUAAACUGGAAGAAAAGCUAUCCAAAUAUGAAUCCAGCCUGCCCGCAGUCCUCAGUUGGAAUCGUCCAUUCAAUCCAGCGACGGAUGUAACUCAGUUGUUGACUUUAAGGCGCCAGAGAAAUGUUUUACAUGCAAGAUUCCUUUACCUGCGCCUCCGCCUCAACCGUACCGCCUUUAGUCAACUAUGCUCUGAAAUGCUGGCGCAAGAGGAUUCCGAGACCGAUCAGCAUGAUCCUGUCCUUAGGGCGCUCUUUUCAUCGGUGUUAUCCAAGUGUGCAGCGGCCUGCGUAAAAGCAGCGAUCGACUUGGUCUCGCUAGUUUAUGACAACUAUCAAACCUCCGCUACCGACACCUGGUGGUACAAUGGUUUCUACACAUCGAUUGCGGGUAUGGUCAUCGUAAUGUCCUACACCUGCCUGCCCGCCCUGUCCGACAUCGAGAAAACUACCGUCCAUGAAGCAUGGCGCAAGUGCGAACAAAUCUUGCAGUUUAUGAUCCCGUAUAACUUCUCUUCGAGAAAUACGUUACUGUUUUUACGAGCCGCUCGUGAUCGGAUUCUAUCGUAUCUCGAAGACACAAGUGAGACAGGCGCCACUGACAUGGGUCCUGAUUCGAGCCAUGUAGAUGGCAUGGAGAAUCCUUUCGCCGAUGAUACAGACGGCUUGUUCAACGGGGCGAACUGGCUGGGCAGUGCCGUGGCUAUGGUUGGACUGGGAUUCUUGUGCCCGGCCGAUUUUAAAUGGUUUCAGGACUGGUUGGCGGAGGAGUUGCCUUGA